UUCAGUUUUAAAUGAAAAUGCUUAUAUAGAAUGACACUUUCCGUGAGAAGAAAAAUAUGGAAGUUGAUGUACAGUUUUACAAUUCUUGCAGUUUCCUGGAUAGCUUGUUCAGCAUCCACCUGCGAGUUUCCUGACGAGCUACAAGGGAUAUGGUAUAGUUCACACAAGGGCAAUCUAAAUUUUACUGGUACAGAAAUGUUGGGUUACCCCAUAGCUAUGUCAGCUACCGUUAACGAACUCAACUUUAACUGUACGGAGAAAAAUGGAGACUAUUAUCUUUUAAUGGCCGAUAGAUAUGUGUUUACCCUGAACACCAAUGUGCGAGCAUACAUAUGUUUAAGGCUUCACCGUGUGUCGGCAUAUAAAUAUUAUUAUUAUCUUGGAUCAACACUGACAACUAUAUAUGACUAUGUGUACGGAGUAUUAGAAGGGACAGCUGUGUCGUUGUCAGAUGCCUGUGAUCGCACAGAGCCGUACGAAGAGAGCACAUUUAUUACUCUUAUUAAGAAUGAUACAGGUAUCAUCCCUGCAAUGACGGAAUCAUCUUGUCCAUCUCAGCUUCUGGCCAGUUACUCCAAUGUUCUGAUAACAGAUAGCAGUGGAUCAACAACUUGUAACAGCAAUACCGUUGACGGCUGUAGCAACAACAAAACAGCAAUGUCAUACACAUAUCAGGCUUGCUCCUCUGGCCUAGUGUUCAAUUCGGCAGGGUCAGUGUCCUGUAUUUAUUUCCUGACAAGUAACAGUAUUACCUAUCUACACACCUGGAAUAAUGACGCCACUGUAGACGAUUCUACUACUUACAGAAUUGUUUGUUACGCAAUGAAAUCAAUUGGAAGUACAGUAUAUGCCACAGUACAUCCACAUUUUUGUAGUGAUGUAAAUCAAAAUCAUUCUGAUGUGGCAUCGCCUGGAAUAAAGCUGCAGUUCUCACAGUCUACUCAAACUUGUGCUUCGUCCGUUACAGAUUAUAACUAUGCUGGAUAUAUAUUCCUGAUUGUGAUAAUAACAAUCCUGAUCUCAAUCCUUGUCAUUGGAGGAUGCAUAUUGUAUAAAAAGCUCAAAGAGGGAAACAAAUCACUGAAAGAUGCACUGUGUUGUCGACAUAAACAUCAAAUCCAAAAUCAAGAUCAAUUGGAGCUGUCUGGAAGAGAUUUCCCUAGAAUUAAGACCGCUAAACUAAGGAAAGUUAUAUACUAGUCAUGUAUAGUUUCUGGCUCAGCUAACGAUGACCACUUCAAUUUGGGACUAGCAAGAUUGGAAUACUAGUUAUCAUUUCAUAUGAUGUAUAGUGAAAACAAAAACGAAUGUGAACUUCUAAUGUUUUUAAAUGUGUUAAAUAAAUCAAAAUACUUUAAGGUUCAAUGUGUAAGAAAUAUAGUCUUCAACGAUCCUUGAUUAGAAAUAUACAAAAUGUAUGGGUUAAUAUGAAAAUUCGAUAUCUUUCAAUUUAGAUUUCAUAAUCAUUUAUUAAAAAAAGCUAUGCUUAUUUUCGAUCACUUUUAAGUAUGAAAUUAUAUGUAUACUAGUAAACAUGUAGAGGGUGUUCGCGUGACAUGAAUAAUAAAAAAGCGAUUGUGAAUUAUUUAUUGGAUAACAGGUUAACGUAUAGUUAUACACCCAUAAAUGUCAAAAUGGUUAUUUUCCUUACAAUGGAAAUUACCACCUGUUUUGAUUUUAAACAAUUCCCUUUUUGUGCUUGAACUUUAAUAAAUCCUUUUUGUAAACUA